CUUCCGUGUCAACAUGGCGGCAUCCAUGGCAUACCAGGCUGCAGCAAGAGGGCUGAGGACAGCAACCUCAAAGAACAUCCUUCUGGAUAAAGUCAAGUGCACCUGGUUGAGUCCUCGGAGAUGGCUGAAUCUGCAGGAGUACCAGAGCAAGAAGCUGAUGCAAGAGAGUGGUGUGGCUGUCCAGCGCUUCUAUGUGGCCGACACAGCUUCUGAGGCACUGGAGGCUGCAAAGAGACUCAAUGCCAAGGAAAUCGUGCUGAAAGCUCAGAUUCUGGCCGGUGGCAGAGGCAAGGGUGUGUUCGACAGUGGCCUUAAAGGUGGAGUGCACUUAACCAAGGACCCUGCGGUUGUUGGUGAACUCGCCAAUAAAAUGCUGGGUUUCAACCUGACUACAAAGCAGACGCCAAAAGAUGGAGUGAAAGUGAAAACGGUGAUGGUUGCAGAGGCUCUGGAUAUAAGCAGGGAGACCUACUUUGCCAUCCUGAUGGACCGUUCAUGUAAUGGUCCUGUCAUGGUAGGAAGUCCCCAGGGAGGCAUGGAUAUAGAAGAAGUAGCUGACAAAACCCCAGAACUCAUCUUUAAGGAAGUGGUGGAUAUAUUUGAAGGUGUGCAAGAUGAACAGGCACUUCGGAUGGCAGCUAAUUUGGGUUUCAAAGGACCUCUGCAGAGACAGGCAGCAGAUCAGAUUAAGAGGCUCUAUGAUCUGUUCCUGAAAGUCGACGCCACUCAAGUUGAAGUCAAUCCUCUCGGAGAGACUCCCGAAGGACAAGUGGUUUGCUUUGAUGCUAAGAUCAACUUCGACGACAAUGCCGAAUUCCGUCAGAAAGCCGUGUUCGCCAUGGACGACAUGACUGAGAGUGACCCCACAGAGAUGGAGGCAGCCAAGUGGGAUCUCAAAUAUAUUGGACUGGACGGGAACAUUGCCUGCUUUGUGAAUGGAGCUGGUUUGGCCAUGGCCACAUGUGACAUCAUUGACCUGCAUGGAGGAAAGCCAGCUAACUUCCUGGACCUGGGGGGUGGAGUCAAAGAGAGGCAGGUGUACGAGGCCUUCAAGCUGCUCACUGCUGACCCAAAGGUUGAAGCCAUCCUUGUCAACAUCUUUGGUGGGAUCGUCAACUGUGCCAUCAUCGCCAACGGCAUCACUAAAGCCUGUCGGGAGCUGGAGCUGAAGGUGCCUCUGGUGGUCAGGCUUGAAGGAACUAACGUCCAUGAGGCAAAGAGGAUUCUGACUGAGAGCGGCCUGCCCAUCACAGCAGCUGACAACCUGGACGAUGCCGCCAAAAAAGCAGUGGCCGCCAUCAAGAAAUAAGAAACUCUCGUUGAAACCUCAGUACAGUUUGUCCGCCCAUCACCACCAUUUAUAACAGCCUCUGAUCAUCACUGUCAGCCUUUUCCUGCACAAGCAGACCUCCAGGAAUUCAAGCCUUUUCUUAAAUAGGCUUGCAGCUUUUCUAAAUAGUACUAUCAUUGCCAAAUGAGUGUUUAUAUCACAGGUUUUUCAGCGUGUCAUCAGAGUACAACAGAAUUCAACUUAACACACUUUAUUUUUUUUCUUCAUUACAGUGUUUGUUAGUUUGUAUCAAUGAUUAUAACUUUUAAUCUUAUUUUAUUAUAUAAGGCUAUGAACUCCUGACUUGAAUUGUCAGAAAAACAGUGAAAUCUGUGAAAACUCAGAAGGAGACUCAACACUUUGUGCAUUCCGUUCAUAUAGACAAAAUUCACUUCUUUACUGCUGACUUUGGAAUUUUUACAUGAUAUCAGUAUAAAGAAACAUGCUUUAUUUUUACCUCUGCCUUGGCUUUCAUGCCUUAUCUGUGUCUCAGUUGAAGAGGAAAAGCCCUCGAGUUUUGUACAUCGUGUCUUAAUUGUAAAGUGCUGUAAAGGAAGCAAUGAUUUACCUGUUUCUACCAGGCUCAUUCAGCGAAGGCACAAGGCUUUUGUAAACUGUCUUGCCAACUUUGAGUUUGAGAGGUGUUGAGAAGUUAAAAAAUUAAAUAUAAAAUUGUACUUAGUUUAUUUUAUAAUCAUGAAUGUAUAUUGACAGGAUAUCUUGGAAACGGUGUGAACACUGUAAAUAAUUUGAAAUAAGUAAAGAAAAUGUUUCAAGU